AUGUCCCUCUCACCACUUGAAGACCAAUCACCCUGGGGUCCCCCUCCUUCCGCGCCUCCUCCCGCCGAACCCUCCGUGGCCGACACCCUGGAGAAGGAGAAACUCAUCAAAGACAUUUUGAAUCUACGUGAUGGACUUAGAGGGUUGUUGGUACGAGUCACAGAGAUAAACAAGGAGACGGACAAGUUGGAAAAGGACAAUCAGAUGUUGGGCGUGUAUAUCGACAACCUAUCACCAACCGAAUACGCUCGACAAUUGUUAACAUAUGACGAUGACAGACCUUGGUUCUCCUCCAAACGACCAGCAAAAGAGACGGAAGACUCCUUUGUGAACUUGGAAGAGGGUAUACCACUGACUACCUACCUCGGAGGUAUACCGGGUUAUACGGCCUUUUCAAAUCUUUACGUAUCAAGCUCUACAUUUAUGGUCGUGGCGGACAGAGAGAGCGGGGAGAAUAUCCCGCCUGUGAGAGCUAUCAUGUCAGCGGAGAAGAGCGCUAGUGGGGGUCGUCCUGAAGCUGGGGAAGAUAGAUGGAGGGUGGUUGAUGAAGGUGUUGGGAGGGAUGAGUUGGGUAAAAGGGCUGCGGUGCUUCGUGGGACUACUUAUAUCUUCAAUGAUCCUCCAGGCAAAGUAUACUACGAACACUUCGUUCUGGAAUGUUUCCUCGGUGCAGCUCGAAUAUUAGGCUCCAUCUUUCCAAACUCUUUAGUAAACAUUAUACCGACUAGAGUCUGGUAUCCGCGUUGUGGGGUGCCUCCUGGUCCAACAUGGCGAGAUGCCAGGGGUGAUAACAUUUGGUUCCUCUCACACGCCGCUCCGGGUCUGAGCAUAGAAGACUCGCAUGCUUUCGAAGAUAGGGAUCUGGCCGGAUUACCUGUGAUGUUGGAAAGGGCUGUGAUUGUUGAUCGGAGAUCCGCACAUUCAGCAGGAGGAGAAACUGCCAAAUGGGGUAAAAUGAACGCAGAUGUACAUCUAGUCCCUGCCCCUCAAGGGUUUUGGGAACCAAUAAGGAAUAACGUGAUGAGAUCUUUAGCUGUGGAUGGGGUAUCGAAACAUGGAAGUAGAGGUUUACCAGUAGUAGUUUACGUGGAUCGACAGUCUUCUUCCCCUAAACUUACCGACAAAUCGCAUGAAGAUUUAGUAGAAGCGCUAAAAAGUUUGACGGAUAUCGCAGAAGUUCAUGUGACUCGAUUAGAAGGAAUGACAAAGAAACAAAAAGUAGAUUUGAUAAGUCGAACAGAAAUAUUAUUAGGUUUACACAGUGAUGAUCUUCGAACUGCAAUAUGGAUGAAAGCUACGGAUAAAUCUACAGUUAUUGAGAUAUUCGAACCUGGUUCUUUUAUUCGUGAUCAUCAAUUACUCGCUUCUAAUUUAAAUCAUCGACAUAUAGUCAUACAUGACGAUAAAAUCUUUCCGGAGAGUUCAUGGCGUCUUUUAGGUAGGAAAAGCGGUACAAUCUCAGAAAUAGGAUUGGAUGGAAGGUUCGUCGUUGGUAUUAUAAGAUCUAUUCUGUUAGGGUUGGAUUUUGAAGGGAUUGGACCUAUAGAUUGA